CUGUUUAUUUGCUACCGUAUCUUAUUCCGACACGUUCGACAUUUUGGAGCACAUUGGUUGCAUCAAGUUCUGCUAGGCAAUCACCACCGCUAUGUUUUCUACAUGUUGAACUCGAGAUCCAUGUGCACAAUCCAGAUCAUCUCCAGACCUAGUACUACUUGUCUUCCACGGUCGGAUGCACAAAUAGCCGUCUAGUCAAUAUCCCGAGACCCUCUACGAACCACCGGUAUGACGUCCUCCUUCGAGACGGCUAAGCAUGAACAUCUUCUUCGCAGCCCUAGACCAGCCAGAGCUUGCAAUGAAAAUGAGUGGUUCGCGUCACCUGGAGGCAGUGUAAUACCAGGGACACUGUGGGCAAGGCCGUGUGCAAGCACAGAGGGCCUCGCCCGAAGGCCAAAAAUAAGAUUAAUCACGAUUGGUCUCCUUAGAGACCUUUCAGAGAUUAAACUGAAAAGAACAGAUACUACACUUGAUCUAAGCCAAAAGGCUACAGGGAAAUGUUCGUUAGCACAUGUCUUGGCAUGGUUCGUGUGACCCCAUGGUUUGAGGCAAUUUGGGGGUCGGGUUCAACG